AUGAUAUGUUGCCUGCGGCAGGAGGUGUGGGAGUUUCUAAGCAAUGCUGAAACACUUACUGAAGACAGAGUGGAUGAGGUGUUGAAUGUGUUCAUGAAAGAUUUCAAAGAGGGUUUGCUGGAAGCCAAGAGCUGGCCAACCUAUCUUUCUGCUGCAUACGCAUUAUCAAAAGCUUCCCUAAAUGCCUACACAAGGGUCCUGGCCAAGAAGCAUCCAGACUUGAUGAUUAACUGUGUCAACCCUGGCUAUGUGAAAACAAAUGGUAUUGGUGUCUUAACUGUGGAAGAAGGUGCCCAAAGUCUGGUGAGAUUAGGCCUCCGCCCUGGGGGUGGCCCUUCUGGCUUGUAUUUUUUUAGAAUGGAAGCAUCAGAUUUCUGA